AUGAACAUUUUACGUCAACUACAUACCACCAAUAGAAGUCUUAUUAUCGGAACAACGUACAAGAACAAAUUUUCAUCAUCACUUAAAAUUAUUCAAAAUAAUACAAAUUAUUUGAGAAGAUUUUAUUCUGAUAAUCAUACUACUAACAGCAAUACUACGGAAAGAAAGGACAGAUAUAAAUUAAUUUUUCAAUAUAGAGGAAAUAAUUAUGACGGAUAUCAAAAGCAAAAUAACAAAGGAGAACCACGUGGAAAUACCAUUCAAAAACAUAUAGAGGGAUCUUUACAUAAACUAUUCAAUACAAAUGAUAUUUACAUUGUAGGAAGUUCAAGAACUGAUUCUGGUGUUCAUGCUCUUCAUAAUACUUGCCAUUUUGAUGUGGCUUCGGAAAUUAUUGAAAAACGAGAAAAUUACACAGCAAAGAAUGUCAUAUUUGGAUUGAAUUUUUACUUGAAGGAUGAAGAUAUUGUGAUAUGUUCAUGUGAGAAGAAGGAUAUGAAUUUUCAUGCAAGACAUCGUGUUAAGGAGAGAGAAUAUCAAUACAGAGUUUUGUUAACAGGUCCAAAACCUGACUUGGCCUACAAGGUACCUUUCAUCCAAGAUCAAUAUUGGAUUGUUAAUGGAGCUAAAUAUGAGCAAGGUGGUCCUACUAAACAAGAAAUUUCAUUGGAUUUCAGAUCAUUGGAAACUUAUUUCAGAAUUGAUGAUGUUAGAGAGGCUUGUCAAUAUUUUAUUGGAACUCAUAAUUUUAAUAAUUUCUGUAAAUCUGAUUUACCAGAAAGAGUUUCCAGAAUUAAAACCAUCAACUCUGUCACUGUAGAGGAAAUAGAUCUUCAACAGGACCAAACUAUCAGUCCUCUAUUCUUUUCCACUUCGAAAUGUAAGGAAAUUAGGUUCACUAUCAGAGGAAAUUCAUUCCUUCAUAAUCAAGUAAGAAUCAUGGUUGAUGCACUUGUUAAGGUUGGUAUUGGAAAGAUGAAUCCGACCUAUCUGAGAGCUCUCGUUCAAAAUCCAAAUAUGAGAUAUCCAGAGAAGGGCUCAGCUCCACCUCACGGUCUCUUCCUCACUAACGUUGUCUAUUAUCCAGAUGAUGUAGUUCUUGAACCACCAUCUGACUUUGAUUUUGAUGAAUAA